AUGCCAAAGAUGAUAUCCAUCCUAGUAUGCGUCGUCUUCGCAUCACCGGUUCUGGCAGCUGAUGCAUGGGAUGAUUUCUACAACAAUUUUGCGACGGACUUGACACCUCUGUUGGCACUUUUCGGAGAGCAAGUGACUAAGCAGUUUCUGAGUGAAUCGACGUCUAUUCUCGACCUCAUUAUCUUCGCUGUUGCCCCCCUAGGGAUCUUGACCGCUGUGGUAUCCGUGAUCCGCGUUUGCGGCAGCCCAUCACUCAGGGCGUUCAUCGGAAGGGCACAGGAGGGUCAAGGAACAGCAGAGGUGGAGCUUUGCUCCUCCACUAGCAAUGAUGUGUGCGAACUCUGGCAGCGUGGCGGAAUUGCUCGCGUUUUUGGCAAGCCGAAGAUUCUCGAGAUUGUGUAUGACCGAAACAGGGGAAAGUUUUACGACGAGAGUGACCCUCCAAGUGCUCACAUUUUCCGCUCGAGCGAAUAUUUCCAACAAAAUGAUAUCGAAGACGAUGGCAAACCCGACGGGACGUUAGGCUUUCGUGAGCGCCUUGUCGCUGACGAGCGUCAAACUACCGGCUUCGCACCUAACCCGAAUCUGUCCCUAAAUCUGGGCAUCAAAAAGCCAUCCAGGCUCUGGCUUCUGACGGCAGCAUUUACCGGAUGUGUACUACAGGCUGCAGUGCUUGUAUUCGCUGUUUGGGUAACUUACUAUGCCAAAAUUAAGAAAGACGAGCGGCCUAUACCUACUUGGGCUUUUCCUAUAACCUCUAUCGGGACCCUGUUGCUGAUUAUAGGCAUGUUUUUAUGUGCUUGGCUUAUUGAAACCACCACCGCAGAACGUUUUUUUAAGGGAAAAGUCCAGAUGUUCUGGCUGCAGGGCAGUCAGCGUAUCGGCGAUCAAGUUUUCGAUGCAUUCGCCCAUUCGGCAAAUUUGGACGAAUAUGUGACUUCGUGGAAAAUUGAGGGGCCCAUUUCCAAAAUUCGGGAGCAGCUCGUAUGGAUUGCUGUCGGGAGCGCAUUGGUUGGUUUUAUUCUUCAGUUUGUCGGUUUGCGAGGCCUUCACUCGUUCGUCUCAUUGUUUCAACUUGGAAUUACAGUGGUUAUGGCCAUAGUCCGAGCAGCUCUCCGGUCUCGACGCUUAGGGGAGGGGAAAAACGAAUUGCGGGACCUCAACAUUUGCCUCGACGGAUACGAAUUGGAUUGGUUUGCGCAUAUGAUUGAAUCGGGAAAUAAUCCUCAGCGGUCCAUAGAGGAUACGUGGGAAGUUCAACCAAACGUUCCCCAGUGCUCUAACGAUGACCCUGGCAAAGACAAGCUCCAAAUUGAAGGAUUUUACGGUGUCCAAUCGGAUAGUGUGUCUUUAACCACGGCCUGGAUAUCCGAGCUUGAGUCGGAUGAUUUGCAAGACCUUGGACAUCCACACGUUGCUGCGAGGAUUAUGUAUUACAGGGCCCGACUUUCCCGCCUAGCUGAUCACACGAUACCCAAUCUGUCCCAAGAUUGGCAUGCAGAAGUUCAGGAAUGUGCAGGACGUUUACAAAACGCCCUUGAAAAUGCAGCAGAAGUAAUUUUCUCCGGGGAUAUCAAACUGAAAAGUGGCUGGGAUGAUAUUUCUGCGAUAUUUUGGAGAGUCGGUGUUGCUACUGAAAAUCCCGAUGAAGGGGUUCGACCGAUACAUAUCACCCUCCGACAAAGAGCUGAGUUGGACCUGGUGGCAUGGGUCUCGAGUUCCCUCAGGGACAAAUAUAGCGUGUGGGGGUAUUAUGAUCCAAAGUGCAGCGCAUCCCCAGGCGAUGCAAAACAUCCACCGAUUCUAUCUGUGCCACUAUAUAUCCAGCAGUCUAAAACGCUCAACGAUGCUGGUACCCGGACUCCAAACUGUGAUACCCAGGUUCUUUACCUUCCAUCAAUUGCUGCGUUGACGGAGAUGUGUGCUCAGGAUAUCUUCACCAGCUUUAUCAGUCGAGCAGCGGGCAUUAUUGAAACCCUUUUAGAUUUUAAUGCUUUAGAAGACGGUGGAUGUGAAAUAAUCGGUUUGUCUGAUACCAUAGAUAGCUUUCGCCUCUCUAAUGGACAUGUCCAUGCACUUACAAAAGUCUUCAACGAUGCCGAGUUGGGGUCAUGGGAAGAAGGCAUAAUGUCUGUGCUUCCAGCGUUUCAAGCGCAGUCCUUGCUUACAAUACCGGAAACUAUUAAGACUAGGGCCUUAGAGCUGGCUCGCCAAGCGAGGCAAAAGGAGCAUUUCGUCAAAGCAGAGGACUUGCUUCGGUGGAUCUACCUUCACACGGAGGACAUAACAUCACCCAUCCUGGAACAAGUAGCAAAGGAACUAGGAGAGCUCUACCGCCGUGCGCUAAUGAACAGCGAUAUCCAGCUCCGAAAAUUUGGCUACGAGGGUAUCCUUCAUCGAUUGGGAUCGUUCCAAGAUUCCAGGUAUAACAAGAUAAACCAAACCUACCUUUGGGUUGCUACUCAGAUAUCUGCAAUAAAGGGGGACACGGAACAUGUCAACGCUCUUACACAAAAGUUGGAGCGCGAUUUGGUUGACGGGAUCGAGAAUAUGAGUGUGUCCGCGGCAUUCAAAGCUGAGCCUUUCUAUCCGAUAUGCUUGGUCAUUGCAGAAAGGUGGCAGAAAGAGGUUUGCAGUCAGGACUCCGGUUUAGCCGCGCCUCCAUUAUGUCUUGCGGUGCAAAGGAAAUGCAGAGAAUUGAUAGAAGAUCUGCUGAGCCUCGAGUCCAUUGACGUAAACUUACAAGAUGACAACGGCCGCACAGCGAUAUUUUAUGCUGCGGAGGCAGGCGAUAUCUCCAUUGUGGAGUAUCUGUUUGCCUAUAGUCCUUCUCUUGGUGGCGAUAAUUCCGGACAGGCGCCUCUUUGGAUCGCAGCGGCGAACGGACAUUCCGCCGUGGUAACGCUCCUCCUUCACCUCGGAGCAAACCCAGAGCAACGAGACCAGCAAGGCCGAACGCCACUCUGGAUUGCCGCGCAUCAUCAGCACGAAGACGCUGUGAGAGCGCUACUUGACGCCAAGGCAAAUAUCGAAUCAAGAGAUAUAGACGGAAUCACCCCGUUAAUGGCUGCUGCACUUACCGAAUCAGCGACGGUGUUGCGUUUGUUGUUGGAAUCUGGAGCCGAUAUGAUUGCAAAGGCGAAGAAUGGCUAUAGCCCAUUCUCAUAUGCUAUCAGUUCAGGGAGCGUGCGCAACAUGUCCCUGUUCCUUGAAAAGGGUUAUCAUUUGGAAGACCGGAACAUUCUAGGCUGGACUGCAUUGCACACAGCGGUGGCAGAUGGGUCGCCAGAUACAAAAAUCAUAAAAUUCCUGCUUGACAAAGGAGCCUCUAUUGAGGCCAAGGACGGUCAGGGCAGGACACCACUGAUGGCGGCAGUGGAGCUAGACAAACCGUUGGCGGUCGUCAACUGUUUACUCGAGGCCGGAGCAUUGGUCAACGUCCGCAACGAACGUAGCCUCACGCCUCUGGAUAUCGCCGUAAUCACCAGGCGGGAGGGCGUUGUGGAAUCUUUGCUAAAGGCCGGCGCCGAUACAGAGUGUAAAGGCAAUGACGAAAUGACACCGUUGUUCCAAUCUGUAGUCAACGGUGAUGCAGCCGUCACGAAGUUGCUCCUUGACCACGGCGCGAACCCACACUACAAGCGCGACACCACUCCGCUGAAGAAGGCAAUCGAAGAAGAUCAUUACGAUAUCAUGAUGAUGUUGGUGAAAAAGGGCGCGUUUCUGGACAUGUGGGCCGAUUAUUCGCUCCCGUCAGUUGCCCGGCUUAUACAGGCUCAGUACGAUGAACUGCUACGGCUAUUGCUUCCUCAGUGUCGAAAUGUUGACUGCCUCGUGCCCAGUGCCAAAUAUCUGCUGGAAUUGGCGGAAGAAACGGAGAACGAGAGGGUAGUCAACGUUUUACUUGAUAAUGGCGUCAAGCCUGCUGCAAACGAUGCUUUUUGGAAGACUGCAAAAAUUGCCAAACUCGAUCAUAAAGCUCCAGCAAAGCAAUAA